AUGGCAGUGGCAGGCUACCCGUCGCCAGAAGCAAUCCCCGAGGAGCAAGGGCAGCGGCGAGGCCGGCAGCAUCCGCAACAGCACGCUGCCGGCGGCCCGCCGCCGCUCAACUUUACUCUCCACGGCAAGCGGACCGGCAUCGCCAUGUUUGUGGUGUUUACCUUUUUCGACAGCCUCGUGCUCCCCGUGGGGCUAUACUUUGGCCUGUGGUACGGGUUCGGGCCGGGCAGCCCCAAGGACCAGCCGCUGAGCGCGAGCGUGGUCAUGACCAUCGUCACGGCCAUCAUCGGCGGCGCGAGCAUCUGGGAGCUGCUGCAGCGGGCGUGGAGGCUGGGGAGGAAGGGGAGUCGGUGCCGGGUCAGUUUUGGAGAGACGGACGCUUUCUGGAUGAUAUGGGACGCAGAACUGGGGCUAAUAUCACGCCUAAUGGCAAUGCCCGUCUCGACCGUCCUCCUCAUCUUCGGCACCGUCAGCCUCGCCCUCGACAUCCUCCGCUACUUCAGCAUCCCGGCGCCGCUGCGCAUCUCCUCCACCCGCAGGGGCGCCCAGCUGCGGCCCGGCAUCUACCCGCUGAUCGAAGACAUCUGCGCGGUCGACGGGGCCGGCAACACGGCCUUCCGCGAGAGCCUGAACCGGCGGUACAGCGACAGCGCCGUGUUCCGCGCCAUGCUGCAGCGGCUGGGCGUCUUUUGGGCCCUGGGCGCCGAGUGCUGCGCCGUCGCGACGCUGGCCCUGGUGCUCGGCCUCGACGACGGCCUCGACGACUACGCCUACGCGAUCGGCUGGGCCCUGCCGUGGGUGUGGGCGGCGCCCUGGGCGGGGGUUACGAUCUUCUACGUCAGGAGGGAGCUGGACAAGGAGCGGAGGGCUUGGGCGCUCGAGUUGGAUUCGUAUCGUAUAGUCUAG